UGCUUGCUGCACAGGGACGCACAAUAAACGACGCUGCUGUAUAAUCUCUCUGAUUGUGUCAAAGCCUCGACGCAGUGGAGUGAGUGGUAGUACUCUGGAUUUCCCCGUUUAACUCCCAUACAAAUCGCUACAUCUGUCAAAAAUGGUAGUCCCGGGAUCUGAGCCCAUGGAAGAGGAGCCAUUAUUUCAGCCUCCAGAAGAUCUGCAACUGGAAGCACACAUCCCCGACUUCAGUACUUACCUUACGAAUUACAAGAAGUCAACAGAAGAACCAGAAGCAUUCUGGACAGAGGUUGCCAAGGGCUUCUUUUGGAAGAGCCCACCAACAGGAGAGAUCCUGAAGUAUAAUUUUGAUGUCACCAAAGGCAACAUUUACAUUAAGUUCAUGGAGGGUGCCAAAACCAACAUGUGCUACAAUGUCCUUGACCGAAAUGUUCACGACAAGAAUCUGGGAGACAGAGUGGCUUUCUACUGGGAGGGGAACUCCCCUGAUCACCAGGUUUCCAUCACGUACAGUCAGCUGUUGACACAGGUGUGUCGCUGUGCCAACGUCCUGAAGCAGAUGGGUGUCAGAAAAGGAGACAGGGUUGCCAUCUACCUUCCCAUGAUUCCAGAGCUUGUGUAUGCAAUGUUAGCCUGCGCUCGAAUAGGAGCUGUCCACUCCAUUGUGUUUGCAGGCUUCUCCUCGGAGUCUCUUUGUGAACGAAUCCUGGAUGCACAGUGCCCCUUUCUUGUGACUGCAGAUGGCGUUUACCGAGGCGAGAAGCUGAUCAACCUGAAGCAAAUCGCAGAUGAAGCACUGGUGCGCUGCAAGGACAGAGCAAACUUUUCUGUGAAGAAAUGCAUUGUCGUGAGACACCAUGCUCUGAGGAUAAGAAAGGGCAGUGCAUGCAACAAACUGCAGACCCCCUGGAACGCGGACUGUGAUGUGUGGUGGGAUGAUUUGAUGGAGACGGCCCCUGACGAGUGUGAGCCAGAGUGGGUGGAUGCUGAGGACCCGCUCUUCAUCCUCUACACCAGCGGCUCCACCGGGAAGCCCAAGGGAGUUCUCCACACAACAGCGGGAUACAUGCUGUAUACCGCUCUGACGUUCAAGUACGUGUUUGAUUAUCACCUCGGUGAUGUGUACUGGUGCACUGCGGACAUUGGCUGGAUCACUGGACACUCCUACAUCACUUAUGGGCCGCUUGCCAAUGGUGCCACUAGUGUUCUUUUUGAGGGCGUACCGCUGCACCCUCAUGUGGGUCGGUUCUGGGAGAUCAUCGAGAAAUACGGCGUGACCAAGUUCUACACAGCGCCCACGGCCAUUCGCCUGCUAAUGAAGUAUGGGAAGGAGCCAAUCCAGCGGUAUGAUCUGUCGAGUCUACGUGUUCUGGGCACCGUGGGGGAGCCCAUCAACCCUGAGGCCUGGAACUGGUACCAUGAGGUGGUGGGGCAGAGGAGGUGUCCUGUGGUGGACACUUUCUGGCAGACCGAGACGGGGGGUCAUGUGCUCACCCCGCUGCCUGCUGCCACACCCCUGAAGCCCGGCUCGGCGACGCUGCCAUUCUUCGGAGUGCAGCCCACCAUUCUGAACGAGCAUGGAGAGGAGCUCGAAGGAGAGGCAGAGGGCUACCUGGUGUUCCGCAAGCCAUGGCCCGGCAUAAUGCGCACGGUGUAUGGAAACCAGGAGCGAUUUGAAAACACCUAUUUCAAGAAGUUCCCAGGGUUUUACGUGACUGGAGACGGCUGUAGACGAGACAAGGACGGGUAUUACUGGAUCACUGGCAGGAUCGACGACAUGCUGAAUGUGUCUGGCCACUUGCUGAGCACGGCGGAGGUGGAGGGGGCGCUGACAGAGCAUGGGGCAGUUGCCGAGGCGGCUGUGGUCAGUCGGCCCCACGCGGUGAAAGGAGAGUGUCUGUACUGCUUCGUCACCCUGAAGGAUGGCCGGGAGUUCAGCCACACACUGUCCGAGGAGCUGAAGAGACAAGUAAGAGAAAAAAUUGGACCUAUAGCCACGCCUGACUUCAUUCAGAAUGCCCCUGGACUACCAAAAACUCGCUCAGGUAAGAUUAUGCGGCGUAUCCUGCGGCAGAUUGCGCGGAAUGAGAAGGACCUGGGUGACCUCUCUACACUGGCUGACCCCAAAGUGGUGGAGGUGCUCUUCAGCCAGCGGUGUGAAGCAGCUGCCUGAGAACCUGCACCCCCACGGAACAGGAGGAAGUGAUUUUAACAGCGAUUCCAACCACCCCACCGUGAAAAAUACAAAAUCUCACCUCGAUUCUAUUUCUCAGUUUAUUUAGACAUUUAUCUCAUUUUAAUCUCCUAACUGCCACUUGAAAACACUUGAAAAUGUUAAACAGUACUUUUGCUCAUUCCGAAAAGAAAAGGCACUGUUAAUUCAAGUUCAUUCAAAAAACAUCAGAGCAAUUAAUUCAAAGCAUAUACAUGUACGUACGCUUAGAAAUGUCUUAGCCAUUCCAAAACAGGUAAAGUUCUAUUAUUCACAUGAUUAAAUGUAGAUAUUCACUACUUCAGGGCACAUCUUAGGCUGAAAAUAUGAACUCCAAGAAAAAUAUUUUAUCUCACUCACUUGACAAGAAGUGAGAAAAGACAAUCACAGAAAAAGUUCAGCUCGGGUCACUUGUCUGGAUUUUCAGCUGCUAGACAUAUAAACCAGCGGGUAGGGCACAGCUGAUAUGAAGUACAGUAAGCCUUAAUGCAAAUGUUAUUUACUUGAUUGGUGGUCCAAUACUGUGGUAUAAUGAGUGUUCAGAAUGGGAGCACUACUUUUAAGAUAUAUGAAAAUGUCUUGUUGUUUUCAAAAGGUGCGACAGUGGAUAAAGUAAUCUUCUGUGUAUUUUGUACUUUACUCAGCCCCCACAUUGUCUGACUUGAAACAGGAAUUCCUCUCAUAUAAUUUAAAAGGUGAAAGUCUACUAUGUACAGUCCUAUAAGUUUUUUUUAAGGUUGUAUGGUUAAGGUUGUAUUAAACAAACAAAAAAAAACUUAAACUUAAUAAAAUUUGUUUCACACAUGCAUGCAUCGAAUAAUGCAGGUGAAGGCACUAA